AGCAACAGUAGCACCAAACCGAGAAAAACGCAUGCAAAGUGGCGUUGGCCAGUGCAGCCGAGAAAAUUGAAAGAAGCAGUUUCCCUCGGUACGAACAGCAGCACCGUGCUGCCCGGUGGAGUUUUCUCCUUUUCCUCGGUGAGUGCGUGCGACUCUCAGUCAGAAAGACGGCAAAAACGGACCACAGAACUACAGUUGCGGUGGAGCGCUACCAAGCGAUGCGGGAAGAAAACCAAGCAUCGUGAAAGAAAGCAGGAAAAAUGGUAAAUGGUGAUCGAUAGAAGGAGACAAAGUGCGUGCCGUACGGGGUUGCCCACUAAAAGUAGAAGAAGGUCUGCAGAUGGUUCGAUAAAGCAAUAGCACGGUGUCCGUCCUAUGCAGCAAGGAGUGUGCGAAGAAAGCGAAGCGAAAAAUCGUUAAUACCCCUUUCUUCGGUAGGCUUGAAUGGGAGAAUCCGUUAUCCUGCUACGGCACAGGAUUCUGCAUACAGCCACAGGGUGCGCGUGUGUGCGUGCGUACACGUGCGUGCAAGCAACAGUGCGUGCGUUUUUCUUCGUCACGAAAAAGGGAAAAUCCACCACACAACCCCUUUUUCGUUCCUCGACGACGGUUGGUAGUGUACGUGUAGCAGUGUGUGUGUGCGUUGUAAAACACAUCGUCUUGUCGCGUUGGGGUAGCGUUUUGUGUGCUGUAUUGCAGUGAGUGUAUGCGUGUGCGGAGUUGGUAGUGUGUGUGUCGUGUGAGGUCGACAUGCAACGAAGAGGAAGCCAAGAAGCGGAGAAGCGAAGAAAGUGAAGGCAAAGCAAACGUUGGAAGAACGAUGGUCGCAGCACCAGCAGCAGCAGUAAACGGAAUGGAAGACUAGUCGGAAAACUCCGAUGAGAAGAAAACGGAAGAGAACCACGGCAACGACAACCACGACUACGACGAACACGGCAACGAUGGUGCCCAUACUCGAGGUGGUGCUUUGUGAUGUUUUAGCAGAGCAGCCAGCAUAAACAGCAUCAGUCCGUCAGAUCUAGCAGAGACACAGAGCUUACGACAAACAGCAACAUAAAAACAUGUAAUUUGUUUAAUGUAACACAGGAAUAUUCGCUUAUAAGGUCGAAGCUGUCGCUGUCCGCUUCCUGAUCGCAUCGUUCCGAGAACCCGGAAACCUGUUUUUCGGUCCGUAAAAUUGUUACAGAGGAAAACCCGCCCCGUCUGUGUGUGUUGGCACGUAGCAGGCUGUGGCCGUUUACAUGAAAAGUGCGUGCAAAAAAAAAAUCCAAGGGUCGCGUUUCUUAGUAGGCCACCCUGCCGCCAGUCGUUCUUCGGUGCUGUUGGCUGACGGAAGAAGUUUUUUGACAUUCAGCAGAGCAGCCAGCAGUCCAACGCACAUACGACACGCACAUCUUUUUCUUGUGAAGAAAAAAGGGAAAUUUUUACGUAGUGCCCCGUCUUGUUGAGUGAGGAAAAGUCGGAAAAAGUGUGCUGUAAGUGUAAAGAAAAACACACACCACGGUUUGUCGAAUCUGGCUGCAGAGAAGGGGAGAAGAAAAAAGAAGUGUGCGAUUCGAGUGUGUGUGUGCGUGCAAGUGUAUUUGUUCCUCUGUGCGUGUAUGUGUGUUUGUAAGUGGUUGCUCUGUGUGUGCGAUUUUAUCCUUUCUGGUGUGUGCGUACAUGUUGGUGCUGGAUCAGGUUGUGUUUCCUGGAAAAUCGGUCAACCGACGUUGUGUGUGUGUGCGUGUGUUUUUCGUUUUUGUUGCCUGGUGGUGUUGUAAGGUUUACCAGCUGUAAAAAUCAUAUCAAGUGGCAACUCUCACACACAAGGUAGUAAGUUACCUGUGUGUAAAGUGUGUGUGUGUGCUUGUGUUUGUUAUUCCGUGUCUGGUGUUGCCGUUUGCUAAAAGUGUCCCGUCCUUACAGAAGGACCACCGUGGGAAAUAAAUCUGUCCGGUGGUAGAAGGACCCUUUUUUCUGGCUGGAAAGGUGGUAACGGUGGUGUGGUGUACACUACUGCAAAAAAGCAGUAUAGCAGAGGCCACACACAUGCCGUUUGAGGCGAUAUCUCUGCAGAGAAGUCCACCGAAAAGAAGGAGCACAUCAAUCUCACAGGCACAGGAUAACGAUCAAAAAAGGACCCCGAUAAAGAUGCCGAGAAAUGUGCGAAUGUAAUCGAAACGGGAAGAAAAAUGGCUUCAUGUAAAUGAAUGUGAUGUAAAACGAAGAUUUCGAAAAGAGUGAACGAAUCAUCCGCAUAGCAGCCCCUUUACAAACGAGAACACUAUGACCGUUGCUAGUGUUGGCAUCAGCUGUCGAACGUGCACAUUUCCCGGCGCCAUUGGUAAAGCUUCGUCAUCCACCCGUUCCGUGCUUCCGGUAGCCGCUGGUGCUGGUGGUGCUGGUGGUGGUGGUGGUGGUGGUCAGCGUUCGGCAUCCUUCGAGGAGCAUGUUGGUUGCGAGCAGUCGCCUGUUCGCGCACUGUGAUGUCGUAGAUAUGGACUGUAACGCUGGCAGUAACAGUAACGGUGGCAGCAACAGUAACGGUGCUAACGGUGUCGGCAGCGUUAGCAACAUCUUCACCCGCCAGCACUCACUCACGGGCGGUAACAACGGGUACUCCUUGCUGUUGGCAAGCGGUUCAUCGAUCGUUCCACCCAACACCGCCACCACGCUCCGGUGCGACAAGGUGAACGGAAACACGUCGAUCCUGGUCAGCAACAGUGUUGUUGGUGGUGGAAGCAGUAGCAAUAUUAGCAGCAUCGGUUCCUCAUCAUCCGGUGGUGGGCUGGCGACGUUUCAACCGACGUUGAUCGCACCACCGUCGGCAACGACGCUAAAGACGUCCUCGCUCACAUCGUCCGCCAUCCUGUUCGGUGGAAGUAGUGGAAAUUUGAGCAGUAUCGCCGGGAAAGCUUCCGGCGGUACGCAUAAGUGGAUCGGAUCGCUGUGUGAUGGUGCUACCUCGAUCGGGUACAGCAGUGGUAGCAGCAGUAAACUGAAUCAACAGCUGCACUUCCAGCAACAUCCUCAGCAGCAGCAGCAGCAACAGUUACAUCUGUUGCAGCAUCAGAACAAGCAUCAUCAUCCUCAUCUGUCGCAGCAGCAUCAUCACCAUCAUAGCUUACCGGUGACCAGUAGCGGCAGCACGGUUGGUUCCAACAUGCUGGACAGUCUCACCUUUCGGCUGUGUGAUGUGGAUGGUGCGGUGAGCAGCACCAUGUCCAACCCGAACGGAGCCGGCGGUGGGAAUGGGGCGAGCAAUGGGGCUUCCACGAACGGAGGUACGGGCGGCGGAAGCAUACUGAUGGUGGUGCCAUCACAGCAAACCGGAAGCGGGAAACAGUCACAUUCCUCAGCGAUAAAUGCCGGUGGUGGGGAGCGACUCUCCUACGCAGCUCACGAUCAUCAGCACCAGGCAAAAAUGGUGGCACAGCAUCACCAUCAGCAGCAACACAGCAGCAAUACUAGUAGUAGCAGUAGCAAUAAUAGCGCAGCAAUUGCGGCUGGCAGCGAUGUGCCGAUUAACUAUAGCAAAAUGACGCGCAUCAGCAAGAUGGGACUGAGCGCAGAUGCGGUACAUCAGCAGCACCAGCAUCACCAUCACCACCACCAUCAUGAUAGUUCGGCGUCCGUAUCGAUCCUGCCCACAUCAUCGUCCGCGGCGGUGGCACAGCAGCAGCAAGCCGCCCUCCACAAGCAGCAGCAGCAGCAGCAGCAGCUACACCAUCUACGCAGUACGGUCGGUGGUAGUAGUGGAAAUGUCGCCAAGGGGAACGAUGCUUCAGCGGCCGCCAGCUACUGCAAGGUGACGCGCAUCGGUAACAUAACGUUACUCGACCCGGAGGAUCAAACCAUGCUCCAGUCGCACAUGCUGGGGAACAGUAGUAAUAGCAGCACUACGGGCGGUAGCAGUAGCGGUAGCAGCAGCAACAACACGAUGAAAAAGGAUGAGCAACAUUUUAUACAGCAUCAUCAGCAUCAGCUUCAGCAAAUGCAGCAGCAGCAGCAGCAGCAGCAGCAGCAGCAACAAGCUUCUCAAAAGCAGCAGCAACAGGGGAAGGAGCAGCAGCAGGGUAACGGUGGCGAAGAGGUGCGGAUAACGGAGAGCUUAGCGCCGUUCGAGGUGUUGCGGUUGUACAUGGACAAGCUGACGCAGUACGAGCAUCACGAGAUUUACAACUAUCCGCGCAUCUACUUUAUCGGUGCGAAUGCGAAGAAAAGGCGCGGUGCGGGCAAUUCCGACUACGACAACGAGCAGGGUUCGUACAUUCAUAUCGCGCACGAUCACAUAGCGUACCGGUACGAGGUGCUAAAGAUUAUCGGGAAGGGGAGCUUCGGGCAGGUGGUGAAGGCGUACGAUCAUCGAAACUUUCAGCACGUGGCGCUGAAGAUGAUACGCAACGAGCAGCGGUUCCACCGGCAGGCACAGGAAGAGAUACGCAUACUGAAGCACCUGCGAGCGCAGGACCGGUACAACUCGAUGAACAUCAUCCACAUGUACGAUAGCUUCGUGUUCCGGAACCAUAUGUGCAUCACGUUCGAGCUGCUGUACAUCAACCUGUACGAGCUGAUCAAGAAGAACAAAUUCAAGGGCUUCAGCAUGCAGCUGGUGCGCAAGUUUACGCACUCGCUGCUCAAGUGCCUGGACGCGCUGUACAAGAACAAGAUCAUCCAUUGUGAUAUGAAGCCGGAGAACAUUCUGCUUAAGCAGCAGGGCCGUUCCGGCAUCAAGGUGAUCGAUUUCGGGUCGUCCUGCUUCGAGAACGAGCGCGUCUACACCUACAUACAGUCGCGGUUCUACCGUGCGCCGGAAGUGAUCCUGGGCGCCAAGUACGAUAUGGCGAUCGAUAUGUGGUCGCUCGGGUGUAUUGUGGCGGAGCUGUACACCGGGUCGGCGCUGCUGCCCGGCGAGGACGAGUACGAUCAGAUGGCGUGCAUUAUCGAGCUGCUGGGAAUGCCUCCGCUGAAGCUGCUGCACAAUGCGCGGUGGCCAUCGCGCUACUUUGCGUACGACGGGGACGACCAGUUCCCGCACUACUGCUCGCUGAGCUUCCGGGAGGACGGGCGGGAAGAGAUUCAGGGCAGUUAUAGCAAGCGGGGCCGGUAUCGUGGUGCACCCGGUACGCGCGAUCUAGCCAAGGUGCUGAACUACUGUGACGAACUGUUUUUGGACUUUGUAAAGCACUGUCUGCGGUGGGACCCGAAGCGCCGCAUGACGCCGCAGGAAGCGCUCAACCAUAAUUGGUUCCACCGGAUGUUGCCACAGUCGCCGCAGGUCGUGAAGGUGGUCAGCGAUGGGGGCGGUUCGGAAUCGGCCGCCUCGACGACGGUUAGCAGCGGGACGACGGCUGGCGGCAGUUCGUCCCACUCGACGGCCACCUCGAUCAGCAAGCAGCUUAGCUCGUCGAUGGUGAGCGGCGGUGGCGGUGGUGUCGGACUGGGCGGAGGUAUGGAGAGCAAUCCGGGCGGAAGUCUGGCGGGCGCCGGUGCUGCCGGCAUUGGCAGCAUUUCGAUGGGAUCCUAGCAGAAGAAAGGGCACACGGCCACCGCCGGUGGUUCAUCGUCCGGUGGUAUGUCGUUGAAGAAGGUUUCAUCAGCGCUGUCGUUACCGGCCGGCAGCGGGUUUACCGGUAUCAGCAAAACAUCUCCAACGACCGUGUCCUCGCUGCUUUCGUCCGGGAUCUCUAGUUCGAUGAUAACGCUUGCUGGUUCGCUGCAGCAACCAACCUGCCAGCGGCAGGCGACCUCCCUGCAGGCACUGCUCGAAGGCAGAAUAUUGGCCACCAGCCGCACGGUGGCUUCGUUAGGAUUAGAUUCUGCCUCGGUUAUCCACGGCAGCAAGAGUGGUUCGAAGGGUGAUGAAUUGUACGGCGAACGGAGAAGACAUCAUGCGCCUGCUAUCGCCGAUCAUCAACCGUCAACGGCACAGCUUGCAGCGCUGGCACUAGGUACGGCGGAAGGCUGUAGCGGCAGCAGCAAUAAUCAACAACCUUCCUCAUCGUCACACCAUCACAGCGGUCCCACUGGCGGGGAUUUUAGUGGCAGCACCAACGAGAACAGCAAUACAGUCUCGGGAUCUGUUCCGGCAUCGUCGUCUUUCAUAGAGUACAUAGGAUAAAUUGAAUCGUUGACAUCGCCCGCCAGGUAAGGGGCAGGAACGCUAGAACGAGUAAAGACAUCCGCAAACGGGGAAGCUACAUAGAUAGGUAAAUUCGGGGACACGAGCAUAAAGAGUCUGAUAUCUUGAAAGUGUGUGCGUGGCGGACGUUUAGGAACAAAUUUCUAGCUAAACCUCACUCACCCACUUGCAACUUGGCCGAAAGAUUCAAAAAGGAUUCUUACCUUACACUCGUUGGUGAAGUAACGCUUGUAUGCAACUGGAUAGACAUUUAUUUUUUAGAAACGAUUUUUGUGUUCAAAUAUAGUAAGAACAGAUGAGGAUAAUUUACUUGUCCAUCUUUUUUUUCGAUACGAAGUACGUAGUAGUUUAUUUGUUUGUGAUUUGUAGUUCUUAGCAUCAACUUUGUGAUGUGACGAAUAUGAGACUUUUUCGCUUUUUAACACUAGAACGACCAGAAUGGAGAAUCUAAGCACGGUACUGCCAAACAAAAAAUAGUUUCCUCAUAUUUUAGCUAAACCCUACUCACUAUUUAGCCAAUUUUCUGUUAGUAUAGGCAACCCCAAAGCCGUGCAAAAAGACUUUUAUCUUACUUUCGUGCGAGAAGUAACACUUACAUGAAAAUCGGCUUGACAUUUAUAUUUUAGAAACGAUUGUUGUGUUCAAAUAUAGUAAGAAAAGAUCAACUGUGA